GAAGGCUAAAUUAGUAAAUUCAUAAUCCAAGUGGCUACUGUUUAUCUUGCUGCUCAGAAGUCAAGGGAGCAAACCAAAGAUUGCAGGUAGGAGAAGUGGAAGCUGAAAACUCUUCUCAUCUCCAUGGAAACCGUAUUCUCAGUAACAACCCCUGCAUCAACGGCAUCCACUCUCUUCUCCAUAUCCAAAGCCCUCAACCGCCAUCUCUCCAGGACCAAGUCUCCUCACCUCGUUCGAUGCCUCCAUACUCGUUUGCUGACUCAGCGCCGUCUCGUUCGCCCCGUCACCACCUCGUUCUCUUCUUCGCCUCCAUCUUCUCUGCGUGGCUUGUGUGCCUCAGUACUGCUUUUGCAACUGCAGCGCCGCCUGGAGUGCAUUUCCAGCUCUGCAGCGUCGUUUGGGACCGGUGGCGGUGGAGGCGGCGGCGUGUUCGGCAAUGGAGGCGGCGGAAGAGGCGGUGGUAAUGGAUCGGAAGGUAGAGAUUCGACUGCUAAAUUGAGAGCUGGAGGAACUGAUGAGCUUCCUGCUUUGUCUCCUGAUGUGAUCAUUCUUGAUGUUGGAGGAAUGACAUGUGGUGGAUGUGCAGCUAGUGUGAAAAGAAUACUGGAAAGUCAACCACAAGUGUCUUCUGCUAGUGUAAAUCUCACAACUGAAACAGCAAUAGUAUGGCCUGUUUCUGAAGCCAAGAAUGCACCAAACUGGCAACAAGAAUUAGGAGAGGCACUAGCAAAGCAUUUAACCACAUGUGGUUUUAAAUCUAACUUACGGGAUACAGGGAGAGAUGAUUUCUUCAAGGUUUUUGAAAGAAAGAUGGAGGAUAAGCAUAAUCGCUUAAAAGAAAGUGGUCAUCAGCUUGCAGUCUCCUGGGCCUUGUGUGCUGUAUGCCUCAUAGGUCAUCUGUCUCAUAUAUUUGGAGCUAAGGUGUCAUGGGUGCAUGUGUUUCAUUCAACUGGGUUUCAUCUGUCAUUGUCUUUGUUUACUUUGCUUGGCCCUGGGCGUCAACUUAUUCUUGAUGGUGUAAAAAGUCUUUUUAAGGGAGCUCCAAACAUGAAUACGUUAGUUGGUCUUGGGGCAUUAUCAUCGUUCACCGUUAGUUCCUUUGCUGCCUUAAUACCAAAACUGGGUUGGAAGGCAUUUUUUGAGGAGCCAGUUAUGUUAAUAGCAUUUGUUUUGUUGGGAAGGAAUCUUGAACAGAGGGCAAAAAUUAAAGCAACCAGUGAUAUGACAGGACUUUUGAGUAUCCUGCCUUCAAAAGCUCGUCUAAUGGUUAAUGGUGAGGUGAAUAAUGGGGAUUCAGUUGUUGAAGUUCCAUGUAGCAGUCUCUCUGUAGGAGACCAAAUUGUUGUAUUACCUGGAGACCGUGUUCCAGCAGAUGGGAUAGUCAGAGCUGGUAGAAGCAUUGUUGACGAAUCCAGUUUGACGGGGGAGCCACUUCCAGUUACCAAAAUAUCUGGGAGUCAAGUUGCAGCUGGAAGUGUAAACCUUAAUGGGACUCUUACCAUUGAAGUGCGGAGACCGGGUGGUGAGACUGCAAUUGGAGACAUUGUUCGCUUGGUGGAAGAAGCACAGAGCAGGGAAGCUCCUGUACAGCGAUUAGCUGACAAUUUUGCAAAUUUUAUUUAUAUUCACCAGGUGGCUGGGCACUUUACUUAUGGAGUGAUGGCCCUCUCUGUUGCAACAUUUAUGUUCUGGAAUCUAUUUGGUCCACGCAUUCUCUCUGCAGGCUUUUGUCAAGGAAAUACAGUUUCACUGGCUUUACAGCUUUCCUGCAGUGUUCUGGUUAUUGCUUGUCCAUGUGCUCUUGGUUUGGCGACACCUACUGCGAUGCUGGUUGGAACCUCAUUAGGUGCAACAAAGGGAUUGCUUCUGCGUGGUGGAAGUGUUUUAGAGAAAUUCUCUAUCGUGAAUACAAUUGUGUUUGACAAAACAGGAACUCUUACAAUUGGCAGACCUGUGGUGACAGAUGUUGUAAUUCCAGGAGACACAGAGCAUGCAGAUCAAAGGUCAGAAGAUGAAGUUCUGAAAUUAGCUGCUGCUGUAGAAUCAAAUACUGUUCAUCCUGUUGGGAAAGCAAUUGUGGAAGCUGCCCAGGCUUUUAAGUCUCCAUUUCCAAAGGUGCUGGAUGGAACAUUUGUUGAGGAACCCGGGUCUGGUGCAGUAGCUAUUGUAGAGAACAGAAAGGUUUCUGUUGGCACUCUAGAGUGGGUUCAAAGGUAAUUUCUGGUUUCCUUUUACCCAGCAUUGUGGAUCUCUAAUUUGGGAGAUACUGCAAAUCUCUGGUCUUAUUAUGUAUGGGAAACACUUUGCUUUUAUCCUUUUCUGCAUCUAUUCUGCACUUGAAACUAAUUCUUGCUGAUGUAUACUGUGCAUUUUCUCAUGAGCUGACUAAGUGGUAGAUCUGCAGCAGUGUUUGGUUUAUCUUUUUUUUUUUUUUUUGUGAUCCAAUUGAUUACCAGUGGUGAGCUUAAAUCAGGUGAGGCAAUUGCCAUGCAACUCUUGGGAGGAAACAUGCAUCCCUGCCAAAAUUCUUCUUUGUCCCACAUGAGUUUUGCUGAAAUUUUUAGCUCUCCAGAAAAACCACAAUGGAAAUAGUCUUAGCCUUUUAAAUAUUGUGUAAUCAGCUACAUGGUAACAACUUUGUUUGUAACAAAAAUUUCUCUUUUCUUUUAGAUUAAUAGUUUAUUUGAUGCUACUUCUGAAUGGUGAAUGGUGAACCAUCUUAUCAAUAUACCCUCAUCCAAUGACAGCACCAUGAUUUUAUCUAGGUGUAUAUCAUGUUUCCAUUUAUUACCAUGCGGGGGUUAAUCAUAAAUAUCUGGAAAUGAAAUAUAAUCUCUGUAUUUGUUUAAUGAUACUUGCAAUAUUAAAUUUUUACUCUCUAGCAGUAUUCUUUCUUUAAGGGCAGUUUGGCAAUUUUUCAAUUUCUUAGUUUUUUUGGGUGUUUGAUUGGAAGUGUGCAUAUGUUGUCAAUAUUUGGUUAUGUUUUUAUACUCCUCUUUGAAACCUUCUCUUUUCCUCCCUGAAAUAGGAAAAAUUGCAGAGUAUGAACAAAACCCCUGCAAAUCC